AUGCGGUUGUUUCUCAUUCUAUCGAUACUCACCCUUCUCCCAAUAGUAUCCGCCAAAUUCGGCCUCUCAUGCUUCAAAGUUGUCACUGCACUCGCCGGCCGACCGAGCGAUCUGUUCGAUAAAUUCCAGCGCGAGAUCUGCGACCGAGGAUGCCAGCCCACCGUGCCUCAUUGGGACCUCUGGACCCGUAAUAACACCUUCGUACCAGCCGUCCAAAACGCCUUGAAGCGAUUAAAUGUGCCGCGGCAAGAAGAGACCAUGAUCCAGUUGGGCGACGACGUGGCCAACAUCAUCAAGGUGCGCUGCGGUCCGGCUCUCGGGGGGAAUCACAUCUGCUCAGAUCCGGAGACAUUGGCUGGCUUUGGGAAUUGUUUCAAGCGCAAUUUCGUGCGGGCGAUGAUUGUGCAUCUGCCGAAAUUGCUGCCCAUGGCGGACGAGGCUGUUUGUCGUGAGCAGUUGGUGUAUCUCAAGGAUGAACAUCUGUGGGAGACGGUCAUUCCGCAGAACAUGCGCGAUUAUGCGGCAGCUUCCCGAUUGGUACCUCCAUCGCCCAGUUUACUAGACAAACAAGCUCCUGCGAAAAUCACACGAACUCGAAAAUGGUUGCAUCGUCUGGCCUAUCUAUCCUUAGCCACCGGCACUGUCUACAUCACCGAUAAUCAGUUCUACGCCUCAUCGAUAACCCGCACAACCCGCACCUUCGCGCUGGGUCUACUCGUCGCUUUAGACUACAAGAUCAAUUUUCGUCCAAAUCCGCCGCUAGCCAGCUCCGUGACAGCCGUCCAUGCCCGCAGCGCGGAACGACUCUCGGAUCUACUGCAGCGGAAUGGGGGUCUUUAUCUGAAGAUCGGGCAGGCGAUAGCCAUGCAAUCGGCUAUUCUGCCGGCAGAGUUUCAGAAGAUGUUCUCGCGCAUGUUUGACGAUGCCCCGCAGAACGAGUGGAAGGAUGUUGAGGCGGUGAUAAAGGAGGAUUUCGGGAAGUCGGCUGAGGAGGUGUUUGGGGUUUCGUUUGAUGGGGUUCCGGAUAAGGGUGUGUUCGAGCGUCGGGCACGGGCCAGUGCUAGUGUUGCUCAAGUACAUUGGGCAAGAUUGGCGGAUGGGAGAGAAUUGGCUAUCAAGAUUCAGAAGAGGGAGAUUGCUCGUCAGCUGGAGUGGGAUCUCUGGGCAUUCAAAGUCGUGACAUGGGUUUACUCUCGCGCGUUUGAUAUUCCCUUCUACAGUCUCGUGCCGUACAUAAGCGAACGCCUAUCCCUAGAAACCGACUUUGACAACGAAGCCAGCAACUCAGAACGCAUGGCGGAGUUAGUCGCAAGCGAACCCCGACUCCGCGGCCGUGUCUACAUCCCCAAAGUCCACCGCGACCUCAGUUCAAAGCGCGUCAUGACUGCAGAAUGGAUAGAAGGAGUGCGACUAUGGGACAAAGACUCCAUAACCCGUCCCUGGCGCGGCGGCUGGCGCGAAGGAACACCCGGUUGUCAAGGAACCCCAAUGGACCCGUCAACAGGCAACCCUGCCAAUCCAACAUCAAACACAAUCGACAAAAUGAAACCCUCGCGUGACCACUGGCGCGGUCAAAACAAUGACGGCGGUCUCGGCCUUUCCCUAAAACAAGUAAUGACCACAAUGGUCGACCUCUUCUCCGCGCAGAUGUUCCUCUGGGGCUGGGUCCACUGCGACCCUCACCCAGGAAACAUCUUUGUCCGCCGCACACCCUCCGGUAAACCCGAACUCGUCCUCAUAGACCACGGCCUCUACAUACACAUGGACUCAGCCUUCAAGCACCAGUACGCGCGCUUCUGGAAAGCCCUGUUAACCUUCGACAAUGCGACUCUUGGCAAUAUCGUUAAGGGCUGGGGUGUGCAGAACCCAGAUCUCUUCGCCUCCGUCACACUCAUGUCUCCAUAUCGCGGCGGAAACCGCUCCACAGAACAGCAUCUCACAGGACUAAGCAAAUCAGAACUCGCAUCUAGGCAUUACGAAAUGCAACAAUCAGCCCGCAAAGCAGUCCGCCAGAUCCUAGGCGACGAGUCCAAAUGGCCGCAGCAACUCAUCUUUAUCGGCCGCAAUCUGCGCAUCGUACAAGCGAAUAACCAGUUCCUGGGGUCACCUGUUAACCGCGUUAAGAUCACUGGUAUGUGGGCUUCACGCGCGCUCGCCGAAUCACCGGAUCUACCCUUCGGUGAGAAAAUAAGCAAUUGGGGAAAACAUUUGGUGUUUAGGGUUGUGUUGAUCGGGAGUGACGUGUGGUUCUGGUUUGCCAAAAUCAGACAAUUUCUACACUUAGGGGGUGGUAUGGAGGAUGAUAUUGAGGCGCAGAUGCAGGGGAUGGCGAAGGAGAUGGGGGUUGAGUUAAGGCAGAAUAUUUUCGAGGGUUGA